AUGUCAGUCAAGAAGGACAAAGACUCUUAUCAGGAGAAGAACGAAGGAUUACAGCUCAAGCUUAGCAGAAAGAGAGAGGAGGUGGAUUUUUACAGAACAGACAAUCGAAAUCUUGUAGAAGAAAUAGAAUCAUUCGAAACAGACCGAAAACGAUUAGAAAAUGAGCUAGCUGACGCUAAGCGAGAAAUCGAACACAUAAAAUCUGAAGAGUACCAGAUGAGUAUCGCUCUCCCCUACACUCUGGAAAUACAGAACAAGCAGGAACGAAUCAACGAGUUAGAACAAUGCCUAUCAAGUCAAUCCAAUAAGCCUCCACUGGAAAAACAAAUUAAAAAUGCUCCUCCUCCGCUAGUACUCGAGUAUGUUUUUGAGUGA